AUGCCACACCACAACGACCCGAACUCAUCUCACGGACCGCCCGCUGCUCGGAGAGCUGCUUCUGCCAGUGCAGUCGAGACACCAACUUCAGCUCGCUCAAGGUCGACGUCCCAAUCAAGAUGGGAGCCGGGAAUGCCCCUCCCGCCACCGCCUCCAGUCCCACCCCCAGCUUCUUCUCGGUCACAGAGCGUGCAGAGCGGGCCGAGAACGACUACACCUGUGGCUUCACCACCCACAAGGCGUCCUCCACCAACCGGUGUUGCGGCCCUUGGACCAGUACCUCCGACCCCUGCAGACUGGGUUGACCAACCCGAGGAACCCAGUAGCUCCUCACAACGGAGACACUCUCCGAAAUUGACCAUCGAUACUGCCAGUGCUGCAAGCUCUGCGCAGACUGGAGAUUCGAGCAAUUCCGGCGCAUUGAGCUCUGGUGGCAGUCUGAGUCGGGCGAGAGCAGUCCGCCACGACAAGACCAUCGUUCAACGUCGUGCUGAGAGCCGAAGCAGACAUGGCAGACCACAUAACUCGAUAGACGGGACCAUCAACCCAGUCCAACUCAACGACAUUGUUGUUCCGGGUGAAAAUACACUUUCUCGCAGGUUGACGAUCAAUAGAUCAGGACCAAGAAGCGGGGGACUGACGUCGAACGACACGCCCCGGACUGAUGAGCAGUCGACUACGCCGCGGGCGCCUGGGUCAUCAUCAUCACGCACUCGAAUCGAAGCGGCAACGCCGCCGUUCUCACCUCAUCCGUCAAAAGGAACACCCGUCAUGGACGGAUCACCUCGCGUCUUGCCCAAGGCACUGCCAACGCCGCCGCCUCAAACUCGAUCGGCAUCGAGCUCUCAAACAAGAUUCAGCUCCAUGACGCCUGCCGACGGGCCUCCGUCGGCAUCCAUCUCAUCCGCAAAACAUUUUGUCGUUACGCAAACCGCGGAUCAAUUUUGCUGUGAGACAAUUGAGCGAUUUCAGGCAUUCGCUACCCAAGAAUCCGCUGCGGCCACCGACGCCGAGCGCGUUCGCAUGUUUGCCGACUUCAUCGUCAACGAAUCCAGGAUCAGGCGAGAAAGAUACUCAUCUGCGAUCGGCGCCAUGGGCUCGGAAAUCUUUGAUCUGACCAGGGAUCUGUUUCGCCCCAUGGUCACGCGACGUGAGUCGGGAACUUCACAGGCUGAGUGGACGCCCCAGUCAUCUGAGCCAGCGCGGUCUCAUCGCGGAUCGAUGAACUCAGUCUAUCGCGAGAUGCCCGGGGAGUCCAGCUCCGCCUCUACGUCAGCGAACGUUCCGGGCUCGCCCAUUGUACCUUCGGCAAACAACCCCAACUACUCUUCAAACUAUAUGCCGUCACUCUCCCCUAUAUUGAGUCUCAGUGUGAGCGACAAUCAUGACGAUGGGGACUCCCGGGGUCGGCCUGCCAGUAGGUGGUGGGAGGCUGACUCAUCAGGAGCAGGAGGGAAAUUUGUUGAGAGGUCCAAGAGAGAGUCCAAGUACAUGGGCGUACCGAAGGAGGCUCGCGAAGCCCUGCAAUGGGUGGACAGUCCGCAGGCAGGUCCUAGCAAUCCGAGAUCUUCAAACGAGUAUCCGGCCGAGAAAACAGGCUGGCACGAGCUAGAGCCUGUGGUCACACCGCAGCCACUUCGGUACUCAUCGGAAUCCCUUGGGUCCUCAGCUUCGCCCACGACACCGAACCCAGCCCACCUGGAUGUUUCUCGAAUGGUCACUCUUCCUCCGCCAUAUCCUCGUCAUCACCCAGCUGUGAACAACAACCACCCAGAAUUGACCGAGACUAGAGUGGCAGUUCGUCAGAUAAGCGACCUGUCCGAGAUUGAAGCUACAAAAGAGAGAUUCCAAGUCACCAGCACAAAGAAGCGUGAAGAGGCCGCAAAAGCCUCUGCUGAGCGGCGACAUGCUCUGCGUUCCAAUUUACAGCAGGAAAUAGACGUCGGCAACAUGUCAUUCGCCGAGGCGUCGGCAAUCGAACAGGAUUCGGUAGCAGCCGAGAAGGAGAAACUGAAAGAGUUGGGCAAGACAGAGUUUGAGCAGUUCCAAAGUCAAGUAGUUAUGCCUCUGAACGAACUGAUCACCGGCCGUAUUGCGCAAGCCACGACUCUAUUCGAGAAGUUGGCGGGCAGCCUCUUUGACGAUGUCGCCAGCGCGGCAGACAUGCCCCAGGAAGAAGGCGACGACAAGCCUGAGCUGCUCGAGAAGGUGACGCUUCUCAAAUGGAUUUUCGAGGCGAGGGAAAUGCUACACCGGGCGAUCUUCGACGUCCUCACAGACCGCAACAACCGCUACCGGGACGUCGUCCUCACCCCGUACCGCCUGGCCGAAAACGAAGAGAAACUCCAGAAUGCCGUGGCCUUCUUCGCCGAGGACGCCGCGAAGCGGCAGCUGGCCUUCACGCACGAGGUGUUUGCGCGCACGCAGGAGUUCCAGGACGUCAUGGAGCGCAACGUCAUGCGCGGCGUCGAGGUGCAGCUGUCCGCCUUCUGGGACAUCGCACCGCCCCUGUGCCGACUGCUUGAGAAGAUCCCUGCGAAUCCGCAGGACUUCAACAUCCAGAUCCCGUCGGCCGAGUACGAGGAGAACCCGUCGUACAGGAGACAUCCGCUGCAGUACCUCUUCAGUCUUCUCCUGCACAUGGAAAAGAGCACGUACCAGUUCAUCGAGUCGCAGACGAACCUCCUCUGCCUGUUGCACGAGGUCAAAGAGGCUGUUACUCAUGCCAAAGCCAAGGUCGUCCAGAACGAGAUGGGCGACGGCCAGGGGAGAGAGUUUAGCGCCGAGGAGCGCGACGCUAGAGCGCAGCAUCUUCGCGACGAAGAGGGCCGCAUGCUGACGGAUGAUUUGAAGGAGAAAGUCCGCGUCGUGCAAGACCAGUGGACGAGUGCGCUGGGUGAGAAUAUUAAGAAUGUUAAGCAGAUGUUGGGAGAGUAUCUGCUGGAGACGGGAGGUUGGGACGAAACCUUGGAGGAAGGCGGUGUCGGCAGCGUCUAA